AUGCUGAUCAUAAAAUAAUAACGAAAUCUUCUGCGUAAAACAACUCUAAAAUAAUAAUUCAUUCCAUCAUCCCCAGAUACACAAAGAAGAGCAAGUUGUUAUUGUGAUUAAUGUGGCAAACUCACACGUCUUCAAUCCCUCUUCUUCAACACACCAUUAACAGUUCAGUAGCAUCUUAAGUCUGCUCAAUCAACAUCUCAAUAAAUAACCUAAAUCAAAAAACAAAUAUCAACUAGUUUUCACCUACCCUACCCACACAAGAUGGACACCGAAAAAAAAAUCAAAAGAAGAAGUAGUUGUAAUUGCGAUCUCUGUGGGAAUCAAACAAACUUUCAAUAAACAGCAAAUUAUAAGAUACCUCAAAGACAGGCACUCCAUUAGGACUCUUUCAGGAAUUUCAUCAUUAAAAAAUAACUUGGGAGAGUCUUUAAAGAAAUAUCGGACCAUAAUCUAAUUGAAUAAUCAGCAAUAACUUUUCGUUCAAAUAGAGAUGCAAAACUCAAAUGUUCUUGCAAAUCUCCUUUUCUCAUUAAACAUGAGAUGUCGAGAAAGGGGAGAGCAAUUUAAAAAUUUUAUGAAUCCAAGGGUUUAUUACAAUCUAUAGACCUGAGAAGGUAAAAAACUGAAAAAUCCCCUCCAGCAGGACUUCUAAUCAAACCUUAUCAUAAAUUAUCAAAGUAUUCGAAGACUUCUGAUAAAUUGAUGCCAUUAAUAAGAUUUAAAUCAACUUUGAAUUGA